AAUAACAACAUCACGUGAUCGACAAUGACCAAUAGUCGAAAGAUCCAAAACAUAUAAACAAACCAAAGUUAACUUUCUUAUUUCUCAACGUCUGGAUCUGAAGUCUCUUACUUAUGCUUUAUUUCAUCAGGUAGUUACAACGAUAAAAGCAAUUAUGGAGCUUAAACUUUUGCUAGCUUUGGUAUUAUUUGCUUGCAUUUGGCUCACGGAUGGCUGUAACCGAGCUAAAUGUAUAGACCUUUGUACAGGUAAUGCCAAAUGUCGUAUAAAAGAUCCACGGUGCAAACAGAACCCGGACAGAAGACAGAAAGGGAGUGUUAACAAGAACGGGACUGAAUACAGUAUAACACUACAAGAUGAUCCGUGUAGUUUUAACACAUACGACAGCGACCAGGACGGUGCAAUCGCUAAACGAGAGCUGCAUGCUUUACUCGGUGACAACGAGGAAACUGACGCUCUAUUCAGAGACCUGAAUAUAAAGACAGAUAAUAGAGUCUCAGUAAUAACACCGAGCGAAUUCUCUACCAUGGCACCUCAGAUCAUAACUGAAUGUGCCGACUCUGACGAGUGAAUAGGACCUCGAGGACAUUUCGGACGAUGCUGUGUUCUCAUACAUAUACAGAAAACAUUACUUUCAUAUGUGGUAUUGUGCGUGUAGUAAAUAAAAUUACCUACUAUGGAUAUUAUUUUAGAAAAUCAUGUUUUGUAUUUAACCUUCUGCAUAAGGAAAAUAUAAGCAACAUACUAACGAAAUGGUUUAAAGCAAUAUGGCUUCAUGUUACGCUUUUUCGCUGUAUUCAUUACAUGGUCAUAAAAAUUGCUUUCAAUAAUUGAAAUACACUUGUGGACUUUUCCAACUAGACACAUAACAUUUUCAUGAAUUAAACGAAAGCCUUUGCAGGGAGAUGUCUUUUCUAAUUUUAUAAAAACGAGUUAAAUAAUUGACUCAUUUUUUGUAAAAGAAAAUAUUAAAACUUAGCGAUUUAACAAUGGUAAAAUCAACAAUCCGUAACAAAGAUGGCAAAAUACGAGUAAUGAUGGCAACAUUAUUGAAUCACAUCAGAUUACAUGAAGAAAAACCGCAAAACGGCUUACUAUUCUCGAAACAAAUGAGCCAAAGUAAAAAUAAAACAUUUCGGGAUCAUUAUAAGACCUAGUAUUUACAAAAAAUAAUCACAGUGAUUUUAUUAGUUACAUAACAGACCUUUCUGCGUGGCAUUCCGGUUGGGGUCAUCUUUAGGGGAUAUUUUAAAUUUAAAGUAUUCUAAACAGUGUAAGUUUAACGUGUUUUGAUGUAAUAAUAUCGCUGUUAGACCAUGAGAAAAAUAACUUAUAUCGCACAUGCAAUCUGUGACUCAGUAUCUGUAUUCAAUAUAACGCGUGUGUAAAACAUUAAUUCAAAGCAAACCAGUCGUAACAAACCAUAAACACACCAUAUUAAAACUAGAUAGGGUCUAGUUGGAAAUAUCCACAAAAAUAUAUGUAUAACAAUUUCUAUUUCUUAAACCUGUUAGCUUGACCAUUGAAAACAAAGCAUUUUAGUACCGUUUCAGUAAAACUAAUUUUGAAAAAUGAAAUUGAUGAAAAUGAAGUAUAACCUCUUUCUUCUGAACACAUUGAUAAUAAAAAAGUAACAUUUCAUGAA